AUGAAAAUAACUGAGGAUGAGUUAUCACAAUAUCGACUUAGAAAAUACAUUGUUAAUAAAACAUUUCUAAGUACAACAAAGGAGCGUUCAAUCGCCAAUGAAUUUGCAUUCGAUGGUGGCUUACGUCAUAAUCAUGAUGGAGAAAUAAUUAAAGUGCCAACAAUAUGUAUUUAUACAAUUAUAGGUCAUGAUCGUAUUGCAUUGGAUAUUGAACGAAUAUCCGAAUAUGCACAUGAAAAGGAGGUGUUAAUCAUACCGGGACAAACAUUUAAAGUAACAGCGAUACGGACCAAUGUUCAAACUGCACAGGGUCUAUGUUAUGAAAUUGAAUUAGUAGAACAUAGAAGAGAAAACAAAACAGGACAGUAUCAACAUGAAUAA